AUGGCGCAGAUCCCCGCUAUCUUCCCCUCCCUGGCGGUCGAAAUCAUCGAGCUGAUUACCGACUCCAUGGAAGGCCAGAGUCUACUACAGCUCCGUUUAGCCUGUCGUGACCUACAAAGGAAAACCUUCAACUGCUUUGCGCGCCGAUUCUUCACUUCCAUCAGGACUGAUCUGUCCGAUGCCAGUCUGGCACGGAUACAUCUCUUGUCGCAACAUCAAGCGUUACGUCCCUACGUGAAGGGUCUUGCCUUUAUGCUCCAGAACGGCAUGGGCCGGGGAUUAAGCCUGACUCGCCACUCGUGGGGACCUCUUUCAGCCCCGAUGGAAGUGGAGGAAAUCCAAAGGUUUCGCGACAACCUCCUGAAUGGCCUCACAAAUUGUCGAUCUUUCUUUAUAUUUUGUCGUUUCCCCGAAGGUCGCCCCGAGAUGAGCCAUGUUACUGUGACAGAUGCAGUCGCAGUGUUCUUUGCGCUGUUGGUCGAUGCACGUCUGCCAGUUUCGUCUUUCCAUUUGAUUUAUGCCAAUAAGCACUCGCGCACACUAGUCAUGGACAUGCGCCGUAUCCCAAAGAUGCUGUGCCGGCAACCUAGGUUUCAAGCAGUGUGGUCAAAUCUGCAAACCUUGUCCCUGGAACAGUAUCUGACGCUGGAUAACUUUGGAUUCCUCUUAGAGCUGGUGCUGAGCGCAACCAAUCUGCAGACUUUAUUGUUGAAUCUCGGGUCGCACGAUCUUGCCUGUGAAUUUAUGCACGAACUUGCCGAAACAGCGAAGUUUUCGAAACUACGCGAACUUGCGCUGUUUCGGACCGCAAUAAAGGCUUCGGAUCUCCAGAGGUUACUCGAGAGCCUCCACACGACCCUCACGACCCUCACUUUGUAUCAUGUAUGCCUUGCUCCCGAGGGAAGCUGGGCCCCCGUUCUUCAAGACCUAAGCUGCGACUGUACCCUAUUGCGACGCAUCUCAUUGCAUUACUUGUGGGCUAGUUCUCCAGCGAAAGGACUUCUUGAAUUUCCGGACUUGCGAAAGAGUUCGGCGGUUUGUGAGGCGGCUGAUCAGCGCCUCCAAAUGUUUUACUCGGAGAACAAAGCCCACGCGGUGUUGGGGGUCGAGUAUUCUGGUGCGGACAUGUCGCGGAUUCUAACCCUGCUCCAGAAGACAGUGGCUACUACGUGA